AUGUCCGCCCACACAGCUUUGCGCCUGGCUGCGCGCCCUAUGCGCCGGCUUCCAAUUUUCGAUCAAUUGGCCGCCGUAGGGACGCCGAAACCUUUCCUCGCCCGCCCUCCAACAUGUCUGCGGUGCCGCAUCGUGAACGACCCUCGGUCCGGCUUCAACCGGUUGCGGCUCUUUUCGACCACCCCUCCUCCCCCACGACAACCGCCCUCGCCCUCGUCCCCGCUUCCAGAACAGAAAGAACAGAAUGAACAGAGACGGGAAGAAGUCAAUAAACCAGAACCCGCGUCGAAUGUUACGAAAGAUGUUCCGCAUUCAACACCAUCAUCAUCAUCCCCGCUUCCACCCCCACUAGGGCAACGUCCAGAACGGUCACGGCCCAAACCUGACCCGCAACCUUCCGCCCCUCCGUCCAACGGAACCCCAACCCCCACGAAGCCCUCCCCCGAGCCAAAACCACCAACCGAGCCGGAUACCAAACCCCCCCCGCCACGACAACAACAACAAGAAGAAGCACCAAAACCACCUGCCCAAGACGACCCCUCCCUCCCUUCCUUCUCCGAAACCCACCGUCACCCCGCCUCCGCCGGCUUCAGCACCUUCAUGGACAACCUCCAAUCCCGUGCCCUCAACGCCACCCAAAAGAUCAACGACCUAACCGGCUACUCCGCCAUCGAAGAGAUCAAACGCCAAAACAGCCAGCUCGAAGUCGACCUAGCCGCCGCCCAACAACGUCUCCGCACCGCCCGCCACGACUACAAGUCCCUGACCUCCCACCGCGCUUCCACCCAGCGCGAAGUCACCGCCCUACUGGCCCGGAAGGAUACCUGGAACCCGGCCGAUCUGGAGCGCUUCACCACGCUGUACCGCUCCGACCACGAGCUGGAGACCCGCGUGGCGGCGGCGGCGGCGGAGUUGACGGAGGCUGAGUCGGACGAGUCACGCCUGGGCGCAGGGCUCAAUGCGGGGAUCCUGAAGCGGUACCAUGAAGAGCAGAUCUGGAGUGACCGGAUCCGACGGCAGUCGACGUGGGGUACGUGGGGUCUGAUGGGCGUUAAUGUCUUGCUUUUCCUCGUGCUGCAGUUUGUUGCCGAGCCGUGGCGCCGACGGAGGCUGAUUAACGGUGUGGCGGAGAGCGAGAAGCGGGCGCUGGAGGAAGUGCGGCGGGAGCUGGGCGAGGUGCGCACCGCGCUGGAGGCGAGCGGGUUGAAGGAGUGGGAGCAGGCGCGGGAGCGGGAACGGCAACAGGAUCAGCGGGAACGGGAGGCGAGGCUGGCGCGGGAGCAAGCCACGGCGUCGACGGCGGAAGCUACUACUGCGGCGGCCGCGCAGAGUGGCGUCUCCUCGGCUCCCGCACCUGCUGAAACUGGCCGGUUUACCUGGCCGAGGAAGAACUGGAAGGAAACUCUCCACGAGUUCUGGGAGGAACCGGAGUUGAUUCGGGAGGCUGCGCUGGAUUUGUCCAGUGACCGCAGGAUAGACCUGCGGAUGCGAGAUGCGACGCUCAUCGCUGUUCAGGGGGCGGCAGCGGGCGCUACCGUGGCGUUGAUCUUGACUGUUUCCUUGUUUAGGAAUCUGUGA